GACCACAAAACUUGGUUUUUAGUUCAAGAAUCUAAUAACCAAAGUCCUCUCUAUUCAAGAUUGUCUUUAUUAUAAAAUUAUUCUGACCCAAAAAGACAAAUGCUCUGUCCUAAAAUGUCAGAAUAUAAUAUGUGAUUUUGUGCACGUCCACCACUAUUUCACUUUCUUUUUACGGCAAAAAUUCAAAUUUCAAAAAAUUUCACAGACUCCAAAAUCUAUGUGUAAUGGAAAUGUUGAAUAAAAUAAUUAACAGUUGAACCAUUAUAAUGAAACAGUUGAAAGAGAAAAAAAUUUAAUGAUUUGAAUUAUUUGAUGAUUUGAAUUAUUUAAUGUUGAAUAAAUUUAAAAUGUUGAAUUGAUUUCAACGUGUUGAAUAAAAAAACAGAGACCCACCAACAACAAAUAUCAUUUUCUAAAUAUUUUUUGAUAUUUUUUCUUAUUCUUAUAUUUUUUUAAACUAAAGAAUUUAUCUUUAUUAUUUAAUAUAAAAAUUUAUUAUUUUAAAUUCUCUAUAAAUAUAGAUUGGUUUUAUUUAAUUUAGAGAUAAAUUUUAUUAAUUAGUAAAAUAAAAUGAUAAAUUUUAUUAAAUAAAACAUGGGUCACAUUGUAGUAUGUAAAUACAGAAAAUAAGAUAAAAUAUAUAAAAUGAUGUGAAAUGUUAAAAAUAAAAAUGAGGGUGUUAAAUCUGAAAAUCAUUGUACAUGGUCUAAGCAAACACAAAAUCGAUUAACUAGAAUGAUAAAAAGUGAAAAACUAAAAUUUGCAACUUUUAUUAUAAUACUUUUUUUUUGAUCAAAAAUAAUACUUUUUACUUUAUUUUGCUAAGAACACUUGGAAGUUCUUUUGACGGUGACAGUGGCCAUUAUACAUACCACUUAGAGUCUCGAUCAAGUAUCAAUUCCAUUGCGUCUUUUGCUAAAGAGCUGUUUUUAAUCAUUCCGGUAACUAACGCGUUUAUGGCAUGUUUAAUUCUUGUAAUUGGUGACCGCUAUGUUAUCUUUGUGGGAUGUCAGUCUAUUGUUUGAUUGAUAAACUUGUCAUUAUCAUUGCCUAACGAUUCUGUUAAUUAAGUUGAGUAAUUGUAGUUCACUCGACCAUCUAUAUAUCCGAGUUCUUUAAACCCGACAAUACUUCUAACGUCGUCGUAGAAACGUUACACACAAUUACUUUAACCUUUUUUUUCUUUAUUCCGGACCAAAAAACUUGGUUUUAGUUCAAGUAUCUACCAUGUUCGAGUUAUUAUGUUAUUCCUCUGUACUGAAUUGUCCAAAUAAUAUACGUACCUUGUGAAAAUUAUAUCUUCGUGCAUCAAAUGUCGAAUAAUUAUUGAGAAAGAAAUCGGCGUUAGUGUAAAAGGUGACUGAUAAAAGUUCGAACCAGUUUUCAUUAACAACCAUAACGUUCGAUUUGAAUGGGCAAGAAGAAAGGCCCAUCUUAAGCCCAUCAAGACACCAAAUAAACCAGAAUGGUCGAUUUGAGUGGGCAAGAAGAAAGGCCCAUCUCAAGCCCAUCUCUCAAUAAAAUGGUUAUUAAACAUUUAAACCUCCAAAACAUCCGAGCGUCUCCGGCGAAGAUGGUGACUCGCUUUCGACUCGUUUCGAGAUCUUCUCGUUACGCCACCGUGAAGUUAUCCAAGUCGGCCUCGUUAUGCUCAUGUCGUCUCUUCUCUACCUCCUCCGACGCGACUCACCCUGAACCCGAAUCAGCCCCGCCUUCGAAUCCCACUACCGGAGACGGAGAACGACACGAGGAGCUUCGGAAUCUCCGAGUACUUCUCCAGCAGAACCGAAUCGAAACGGCGCGUGGGGCUCUCACCUCGCUCGUCCGAUCAGGCUCCGCGCCUUUCACAUCGCCGAAAGAGCUCUUCUCCGCCUUCUCACUAUCAUCUCCAUCGCUGAAGAACGACUUCUCCUACCUGCUCUUCUCCGUGCUAAUCCAAUCGAACAUGAUCCCCGAAGCUACGGACUUGUUCUUCGCCGUGAGGAACGAAGGUAUCACCCCCAGCUCAGACUCGUUAACCCUUUUCUUCGAUCAUCUCGGGAAAAUGAAGCAAUUCAGAGUAACGAUCAAUGUGUUUUUGAAUCUCCUCGAAUCGAAUUAUCGUCCGAGCAAGUUCAUGUAUGGUAAAUCAGUUUACGCCGCCGUGAAAUCGAGCGAUUUAGGGAAAGGUUUAGAGCUGUUUAAUCGCAUGAAGCACGAUAGAAUCUCACCCACUGUGUUUAUCUACAACGUUCUUAUCGACGGGUUGUGUAAAAAUGGGAGGGUGAAUGAUGCAGAGAAGCUGUUCGACGAAAUGCUUCAGAGAAGAUUGGUUCCCACUUUGAUAACGUACAACACUUUGAUCGAUGGGUAUUGCAAAAGUGGGAAUCUUGAUAAGACUUUUAAGGUGAGAGAACGCAUGAGAGGGGAUGGUGUUGAUCCGAAUCUUGUUACGUUCAAUACGUUGCUUAAGGGGAUGUUUAACGCGAGGAUGGUGGAGGAUGCGGAGAGUGUGUUGAAGGAGAUGAAAGAUCGUGGCUUUGUGCCUGAUGCGUUCACGUUGAGUAUUCUUUUUGAUGGUUACUCGAGCAACGAGAAAGCUGAGGCUGCUUUGGGUGUUUAUGAGGAAGCUGUUGAUUCUGGUGUGAAGAUGAAUGCUUAUACGUGUAGCAUUUUGUUGAAUGCGUUGUGUAAAGAAGGGAAGAUAGAGAAGGCGGAGGAGAUUUUGGGGAUGGAAAUGGGCAAGGGGCUUGUAAUGAACGAGGUUAUUUAUAACACGAUGGUUGAUGGAUGCUGUCGGAAAGGUGAUUUGAUUGGAGCUCGAAUGAAAAUCGAAGAGAUGGAGAAACAAGGGAUGAAGCCGAAUCAUUUGGCGUACAAUUGUUUGGUUAAGAGGUUUUGUGAAUUGGGGGAAAUGGAGAAUGCUGAGCAAGAGGUUAGCAAGAUGAAACUAAAAGGAGUUUCUCCUAGCGUGGAGACGUAUAACAUCUUGAUCGGGGGCUACGGGAGGAAGGGGGAGUUUGAUAAGUGUUUCGACAUCCUCAAAGAAAUGGAAACCAACGGUACGAUGCCGAAUGUUGUUAGCUACGGGAAUCUGAUAAAUUGUUUGUGCAAGGGCUCUAAGCUUCUUGAAGCUGAGAUUGUGAAGAGAGAUAUGGAAGACAGAGGGGUUUCACCUAAUGUAAGGAUAUACAACAUGCUGAUUGAUGGUUGUUGCUCAAAGGGGAAGAUAGAAGAUGCUUUUCGGUUUUCUGAGGAGAUGCUAACAAAGGGAAUAGAUUUGAACUUGGUGACUUAUAACACCCUCAUCAAUGGGUUGUCCAUGAACGGAAAAUUAGCAGAAGCCGAAGACUUGUUUCUCGAAAUCUCAAGAAAGGGGUUUGUACCAGAUAUAUACACGUAUAACUCGUUAAUAUCUGGAUAUGAACAUGCUGGAAACGUGCAAAGAUGUAUCGCCCUGUACGAAAUGAUGAAAGGAUCAGGAAUAAAACCCAAUUUGAAGACAUAUCAUCUUUUGAUCGGCUUGUGCACCAAGGAGAGUGUAGAGCUCACUGAGAAAAUAUUUGGAGAGAUGUCGUUGGAACCAGACUUGAUAGUUUACAAUGGAGUUCUUCAUUGCUACGCCAUGCAUGGAGAAAUGGAUAAGGCUUUGAAAAUGCAGAACCACAUGAUGGAGAAGGGAAUCGAUUUGGAUAAGACGAGUUAUAACAGCUUGAUCAUGGGACAGCUGAAAAGAGGAAAGCUCAGCGAGGCUAAAAGUUUGUUUGAGGAGAUGAAAGCUCGAGGACUGGAUCCUGAAGCUGAUACGUAUAACAUAAUGGUGAAAGGGCAUUGUGAGAAGAAGGAUUAUAUGGGAGCAUAUGAUUGGUACAGAGAGAUGCAGGAAAAGGGUUUGCGAGUGGAUGCUUGUAUAGGCGGCGAGCUAGUAACUGGGCUUCGAGAAGAAUGGAAGUCAAAAGAAGCACAUACUGUCAGUUCUGAGAUGAAUGGUGACAAGCUUGAUGAUGUACCAGUAGAGGAGGCUCUUUCUGCAACAAAGAAGCUGUGAAAAUCAAGAACGUGCUCCAAAACAAAACCAACAUCAUGACUUCAUGAGUGACACUUUUCUCUGGGAUCUUGAGCUAGGGAUGAGUACUUUUAUUGAUGAUUAGUCCAUGUCGCCUUUAGAUUAGCACAAUCACUUUGGAUGAGACUACGUUAAACUAUGGAGUAUUUCUAAAGUUUUUUUUUUCCUUGAACAAA